ACCCGGGCGCCGGGCGCUCGGGAGGUAUUGUCCGUCCCUCCGGGCUUUGUAGAAUCGUCGCCGGCUCACCUGGUCGUGGGCGCGUCCUGGCCGCUGCAGCCCGGAGCAGGGUGCCAGCCGCCGCCGCCGCCGCCGCCGCCGCCAUGGUGUCCCCGGUCACUGUGGUGAAGAGUGAAGGACCCAAACUGGUGCCAUUCUUCAAGGCCACCUGCGUGUAUUUUGUGCUCUGGCUGCCCUCAUCUAGCCCAUCGUGGGUCAGCACCCUCAUCAAGUGCCUGCCCAUCUUCUGCCUCUGGCUCUUCCUUCUGGCUCAUGGCCUGGGAUUCCUGCUGGCCCACCCCAGCGCCACCCGCAUCUUUGUGGGGCUUGUCUUCUCUGCUGUAGGUGACGCCUUCCUCAUCUGGCAGGACCAAGGAUACUUCGUGCAUGGUCUGCUGAUGUUUGCUGUGACCCACAUGUUCUACGCCUCGGCCUUUGGCAUGCGGCCACUGGCUCUUCGGACAGGUCUGGUGAUGGCAGCGCUGUCGGGCCUGUGCUAUGCCCUCCUCUACCCAUGCCUCUCAGGUGCCUUCACCUACCUGGUGGGGGUCUAUGUGGCCCUUAUCGGCUUCAUGGGCUGGCGAGCUAUGGCAGGGCUGCGGCUGGCCGGGGCAGACUGGCGCUGGACAGAGCUGGCAGCUGGCAGUGGGGCAUUCUUCUUUAUCAUCUCAGACCUGACCAUCGCCCUCAACAAAUUCUGUUUUCCUGUGCCCUACUCUCGGGCGCUUAUCAUGUCCACCUACUAUGCGGCCCAGAUGCUCGUCGCCCUGUCAGCUGUCGAAAGCCGGGAGCCUGUGGAACACUACAGACUGACCAAGGCCAACUGAGGUGCCAGGGUCUGGUCACCCCUCUCUCCUUCUGGGGCUGGGGCCCAGAUCCUGGGAACCUGCAGGAGCUGGAUCAGGAUGGCUGCAGUGCCAGCCUGGGGCAGUAGGUACUGCCUGGGGAAUUUGCAAGUUUGAGUGGGGAGGCUGGAAAAUGAUCUCCCUAGCAGAACUCAUGGUUCAGGACAAUGCUGAGAGCUAAAAGAGCCAGCCUAAUAUCUGACUGGAGCCAGAAGUAGACAUCUCCCCACCUCUACCCUAUCAGGACUUUCAAAACCCCCCUGGAAGGUGAUGGUGCUCAGCUUCUUGACAACCCCCCCCUUCCCCUACCAGGUGGAAGAGUCUGACUCCAUGUGUUAUGCCUAGGACCAAUGGCAGUGCUGGGUUCACUCACUCCUCCCCUUUUUCAUCUGCACAAAGUUGAGGGAAACGGGAGAAUCUGUGCUGAGAAGCCUCAGACCCAGGAGCCCCUUUCACAGGACCCUAGUUGGGAAGACUGGAUGAGAGUGGAGCCUCUGUUUCUUUUCCCUCUUCUAUCCUUGUUACUUGAACAAUCUCAGUCUCUAAGUGGUGGGUGGGGACGUGAAGAGGUGUGGGUCCAGGUUAGGCAGGAGAGAGAACUUCUUUGGUCUUGGAGCUUGGGGUCUCAAGAAUUCAAGUGGCCCCAUCUCUCUCUCGGGCAAGCCCAAAGCUCAGGUCCCAUACAUACACCACCCUUAGAUCCUAUCCCCAGGGCUAGGGUGAACCAUGCCAAAGAAGGGGCCAGCUUUUGUGUGUGUGUGUGUGUGUGUGUGUGUGUGUGUGUGUGUGUGUGUGUGUGUGUGUGUGUGUGUGUGUGUGUGUGUGUGUGUGUGUGUAGCCUGUCUCCUAGUCUGCUUAUGUCUUUCUCUGCUCUAUGUUUCUGUCCUGCUGUCUAUCAAAAGUCUCACAGAGAGAGGGCCUCAGGGAGCUGCUGAGGGGUGCUGAGCCUGGCUCAGGGAGCUGGGACCCCUCCCCUCCAACACACAUACUCACAGUGCUUUCCUCCUUGCCCCUCGUACACUAGGAGCAAGAGGAGGGGGCUCCAAUGAUACUCCGGGGUUUUAAGACCCAAGGCACAUUCAAUGCAAGGGGAGCAAGGAUGGGACAACUCUAUCUUCUGCUGCCCAUGUGAAAAAAAAUAAAAAUCAAGAGCCAUUGGC